GUCGCCAAGUAUUUCUUCUGUUGCUCAAAGUUUAUGCUAACAUUUUACGAUCUACUUCGGUAGUUUGUCUUGUGAUUUCUAAAAUGUACGCAAAUGUGAUGCAGCAAACGCAGGAUUAUCCAAAAAUGCGAACGACAAGACGACGGAAAGAAGAAAAAGAGAAAAAAACUGUUGUGGCAUUGAAGGCUUCAAUCAUUGCCGAGCCCUUUUCAGCGAAGUCAAGAUUAGAGAACGCGCUGGUUAUUCCUCCUCCUGUUGCAGGAGCUUUCAAAGAAAGGCCAUCAGAAAGCACUAGUUUUAAAAGGUGUUAUGAGCGAGGCGAUUUUCCCAUUGCUUUGGAGCAUGAUACGAAGGGCAACAAGAUCGCCUGGAAGGUCGAGAUAGAAAGGCUCGAUUACCAUCAUUACCUUCCGCUGUUCGUCGAGGGAUUGUCUGAAACAUCGCAUCCUUACGAAUUUUUCGCCAGACAAGGAGUCCACGAUAUGUUGGAGCAUGGUGGAGACAAAGUUCUUGCAGUUAUUCCACAGCUUAUAAUCCCGAUCAAAAAAGCGUUGAAUAAGCGAAAACUCAGUGUCAUCUGUACCACUCUUAAAGCUCUGCAGCAUCUUGUAGUUGCCGGUGAGAUGAUUGGUGAAGCCCUUGUCCCCUAUUACAGGCAAAUUCUACCGAUCUUAAACAUCUUCAAGAACAAGAAUAUCAAUUCGGGUGAUGGAAUUGAUUACAGCCAGCAGAAAAGAGAAAAUGUCGGUGAUCUGAUUCAAGAAACGCUCGAAGCACUCGAGCGGCGUGGAGGUCCAGAUGCGUUUAUCAACAUCAAAUAUAUGGUGCCAACCUAUGAAUCUUGCAUGUUGAAUUAACUCUGAGUAAUUCUGGACAUUUCGCCUUGCUUAUUUAGUGGGACAUAGUCGACCAGCGAUUUCAGGAAUUUUUGAAGGAUGAUCAGAUUUACCUAUAAAUACAAUAUUUUUUGUUAGAAACUUUAUGUUACAACUGACGUAUUCUUUUUGUUUUAGUAACUGCCUGGUUUAAUUAUGUUCCAACCAGUUAUAUAUUCUUAAUAAAUACCUUGUCGAUACUUUCAGAACCUCAUAUUGUACAUAAAGAAUAGUUUUAUCAUUUUUGAUUGACCAUGUAGGCUUCCAGGCGCAUAUACGUGUAUAAGAAUUUUUUUCUUUGAGGAAGUAAAUGUUACGAUCAGUUUA